AGGGAAAGGCGCACUUUCCACAAGCCGAAAGAUGCUAACGGUGUGGUUAUAGAGGAUAAUGAAGAAAAACCAAAACGUCGGCCCCAUCGCUUUCGCAUCUAAACUCUGGACACUGAUUUCGGACCGAAUCCGCGCCGGCAAGUGGUUGGAUCUUUAUAUAGCUAGCCACUGUUUGGUCACUUUAUUCGUGGAAUAAAAUGCAUUUCAUCUUUGCUUUUUGCUGACAUAAAUCGGUGAGACCUUCAGUGCUGAACUGGGGCCUGACAAUAGGUUCGUUCGAUCGAUUUUGGUUAUCAAUCUGCGGGCCUUUGUUGGAGAUUCGCGACCUUUUCGGGCCUAAACAUAAUCGAUUGUGCCUGAUUUGUCUAAUGAGGGUUCGAGCUUAGUUCAAGUUCAAUGCAAAGCAAACAAGUUUGCCAAUUGCUCGUUAGUUGGUUUUUACUGAAGGACAGUCUAUAGUUUUGCCCAUAUAAAGCCGUGGUCGUAACUCCGAAUCAGCAUCAGUCACUUCGUCGACUUCAAAGCACCAAAAACUACCAAUCCCAACAUGUUCCGCUUCAUUGCCAUCUGUGCCCUGGCCACCAUUGCCGCCGCUGCUCCGGGAUUCGUUGAGGAGCAUCAUGUGGCCGUGGCUACCCCAGUUGUGGCCAAGGUUGGCGCUGUGGUUCACUCAGCUCCCGUGGCCACUUCCCACCAGAGCUUCACUCAGUUCCAUAACCAGGCUGUGCUCACUCCCGUGGUGAAGCAUGUGGUUCCUGCCGUUCCCGUGAUCAAGACUGUGGCUCCAGUGGUUCCUGUGGUCAAGCAUGUGGCUCCAGUGUUUCCUGUGAUCAAGACUGUGGCUCCCGUUGUUCCUGUGGUCAAGCAUGUGACUCCCGUUGUCCACCAUGUGGCUGCCGCCCCCAUUGUGCCCGUUGUCAAGCAUGUGGCUCCCGUUGUGCACCACCAGACCUAUGUGGCUCCCGCUGUCCACCAUGUGGCCGCUGUGCCCGUGGUGAAGACCCUGCCCCAUGCCGUCUCCCACCAGAGCCACACCCAGAUUCACCAGAAGGCCUUCAUUGCCACCCCAGUGGUCAAGACCAUUGCCACUCCAGUGGUGCCUCUGGUCAAGACCGUCGCUGUGGCUGCUCCCCUCGCCCAUGUCUACCACCACUAAGGAACUUGUUGUUUUCCCUCCAACGGAUUGUUAUAUGGUUGCUUCUGUGAAUAAACUCAAUUGUUGACAUUAGAAA